AUAAUAAUUAUAAUAAUAAAUAAUUAUUAAAUAAUUAUACAAUCAAUCUCACGAUGAGAUUGAAACGCAUAUAUUUCAUUAUCACUGUUCUCCGCGUGACUCGACCCUCGAUAGAUCCUGCAAAAUGUUUCGCAAAUUUCCAGACGAUAUUUCUUAAGCAGACCGAUUCUUUUUUCAGUACCCGCUCAGUGCGAGAAGCAGCGUGAUAAGAUGGAUGACCUGUUCUCCAUCAUGCUGGUUGUCAUUCUCGCGAUCGGCGGCUUGAUGAUGAUGACUGCGCUGUUAACCUGCUACGUGUGCAUAUUCCGGGAUUUGUGUUGUCGUCCGGAGAACAGAUUCAAAAGACGGCACCGACAGAAUCAACAACGGGAAUGCGACAAUCCCACUAGAGACAGAUCAGGCGCGAUACCGUUGAACGAUAUUACGCAAGGAGAGAGUAUGCCGACGGAAUCUGAGAAGGUUUAAACAGAGCCCCCCCCCUCUCUCUCCCCUCUUUCCUUGCGAUAAUGCGACCGUAAAAGCAACUACCCUACAUUUUAUAGUGUAGAAUAAACUGAAACUGUAGAAAGUAGACAAUGAAGAGG